AUGUACACCGAAGUGAAUCUUUGCAACACAGAUAAUCUCUUGAUAGUGUUAAAAUUUUUGAGAGCGCAAUUACCUCAAUCCAUUUUUCCUUGGCAAUUACUCACUUAUGUCUACCAAAAUGUUCUCACUCGAGAUGAUAUUUAUACACAGGUCUUUGUUGAUAAUCUGACUGAAAUAAAAUGUGUUAUAAUAUUGUAUUCUGCGUUUGGUCUCGUUCCUCAUUGGAACCUCAUUGAAAAUUAUAUUCGCAAUUGCACGAUUGUUUGUGACAAAGAAUAUACAAAAGAUAUUCUUGUUGAAAUGUUAUCAAAAUGUAUUCCAUGGAAACAAAGAGUCAUGUUUUGUGCUGUUGAACAAAAUUAUAUCACACCAGUGAUUGAAGAAUUUGUAGCUGAGAAGAAAAUCGGCAGCUACAAAAUAUGGCGAUACAUUCAAUUUGAAUUGGAUAAAAAUGUAUUUCUGGAAAAAUCCAAAAUACUUCCAACAAUAGUUCCGGAAGGAAUUGAAAUUCGACCAUUACAACCUGAAGACGCUUUAUUUAUGAUUGAAGAAGGGGGCUACACACCAGACGAUCUGUACUCUGUGACUCAAAUUCAAUUUUGUAUUAAGAACUUAUGCAGCAUGGGUGCGUAUCGUCAUGGCAAACUUCUCUGCUGGCGACUCUUGCAAUAUGACGGCUCUCUCGAUAUGGUAUAUACUGUUCCUGAAGCUCGUCGACUAGGACUCUCGUCUCUGUUGAGUGUUCGAUUGGCGGCAGAAAUUUUCAAAAUUCAGGAACGUGUAUUCGGGCAUACAGCUUUAAAUAAUCGAAAUUCAUUGGGAUUAGCAGCUAAAAUGGGUUUUCAUGAGACAGGCAUAUGUGACUGGAUUGUAUUCGAACCGAAAUAUACCUGUGCCAAAGGAGAUCCACAGCAGCUUGAUGUACUAAAAUCUUCGAUAUAA